CAGUAGCAGCAGAAGCAGCAGCAGCAGCAGCUCGGAUCCGGACGAGAGGUGACUGGGGCUGUGGGGGUGAAGGUGUGUGUGCCUGUGUGUGUGUGUGUGUGUGUGUGUGUGUGUGUAUAUGUGUGUGAGAGAGACUGCAGGAGAGCUGGAGAGAGGAGAGAGGAGAGAGGCUCAACUUGCUCCCUCUGCCUCUGUCUCCCUCCUCCUGUUCCCCGGGACUCAGGCAUCUGUCGGGUGGUGAGAUGUGAAGAGGAUUGAAGUAUGGCAUGCAAAGAUGGUUUCUGCCAAGAAGAAGAAGGAGACGGUGACAGCGAUGCAACCCUCGUUCAUUCGGACCUUCUUCUACUUUUGCUGUUUGGCGACUUGUGUGAAGAAGAUCUCUGGACAGACAAAGAAGGAUGAAAGGAUCUAUCCGGAGAAUUUUACUCGCAUUUUAGACCGACUUCUGGACGGCUAUGACAACAGGCUGCGACCUGGAUUCGGGGGUCCUGUGACUGAAGUCAAGACCGACAUUUAUGUGACAAGUUUUGGGCCUGUCUCAGAUGUUGAAAUGGAGUACACAAUGGACGUGUUCUUUCGGCAGACGUGGGUGGACCGGAGGUUGAGGUACGAGGGCCCGAUAGAGAUUCUGAGGCUGAACAACCUGAUGGUGACUAAAGUGUGGACGCCGGACACCUUCUUCAGGAACGGCAAGAAGUCAGUGGCUCACAACAUGACGGCCCCCAACAAGCUCUUCCGCAUCAUGAAGAAUGGCACCAUUCUGUACACCAUGAGGUUGACUAUUAAUGCUGAGUGUCCCAUGAAGCUUGUGGACUUCCCCAUGGAUGGACAUGCGUGCCCCCUCAAGUUUGGAAGCUAUGCCUAUCCUAAAACAGAGAUGAUCUAUACUUGGACCAAAGGGCCUCAGCAUUCAGUGGAGGUCCCUCCUGAGUCCUCCAGCCUCGUUCAGUAUGAUCUCAUCGGCCAGACGGUCUCCAGUGAAACCAUUAAAUCCAUCACAGGUGAAUACGUGGUGAUGACGGUCUACUUCCACUUGAAACGUAAAAUGGGCUACUUCAUGAUUCAGACGUAUAUCCCCUGCAUAAUGACAGUAAUCCUCUCCCAAGUGUCCUUCUGGAUAAAUAAAGAAUCGGUCCCGGCACGCACAGUCUUUGGCAUCACCACCGUCCUGACGAUGACGACGCUCAGUAUCAGCGCUCGCCACUCCCUCCCCAAGGUCUCAUACGCCACCGCGAUGGACUGGUUCAUCGCCGUCUGCUUCGCCUUCGUCUUCUCUGCCCUCAUUGAGUUCGCCGCCGUCAACUACUUCACCAACGCGCAGAUCGAGCGGGCCAAGAAGAAGCCGGCCAAAUGUCCUCCGGUGCCCCAAACCACGCCUGUCAAGGUCAAGGACACAGAGGAAGUGCUGCAGAAUCCUGACAGCAACGGAAACCUGAGAAAGCGGAUGAAUUAUAUUUCCCACCUAGAGGCCAGCAGACACCAGAGAGCCCAGUCCACCACCAACAUCUCGGGAGUGGGCCGAGCGAGACCUCUGCGACCUUUAGCCAGCGGAGUAAACGGCAGCUCCUCCACCCUCUCCCGCUCUAGCCCCAAGUCCGAGAGCCUGCUCAGCGUGGCCUCCUCCUCCGCCCAGCUGGUGAAGAGUGCGCCUCAGGCCGCAGCUUCCACGCCAGACGUGAUGGCGGGGACGCCCUGCAAGCCGAACGCCAGCUCCGCGUCUCUGCAGCAUCUGCUGGGGCCCAAGCUGGAGCGCAUCCAGAUGAUGGGGAACAAACUGGAGCUAAAGCAGACACCGUGCUCCCAGCCCACCACCGCUGGUAUGGGCGGGACCAGCAAAAUUGACAAGUACGCACGGAUCCUGUUCCCAGUGUCUUUCGGGGCUUUCAAUAUGGUCUACUGGGUGGUUUACUUAUCAAAGGACACAAUGGUGUCCAAAGGUGGCUAGAUGUUGCUCUGGCAACAAGACUGAAGACUCUUUUCUUUCAACAGAUGGGAAACAAAUAAGGAUUAUGGGAGUUUGCAAACAAUAAGAGGAAACUGUUGUUCUUGCCAAACAGAUAAACAAAAUGUGCUCGCCAAGCACUUCCACAUCCCGGAGAGCACAUUUAUUUAUUUCUUCCUAAGGUCCUCGAACAGCAAGCAUGGGAACAAAUCAACCAAAUUAGAAAUAUCUGACUCAACAUAAGAAGGAACACCUGCACACUGGAAUAUGCUACUGUCCUCUUUAUAUCGUGCUACGUCUGACUGUAAAGGUCUGCGUUGGCUUCAACUGCCUCAUGAUCCCUUUUGGCCUGCAGUCAAGAUAAAGCAUGGGAUUUUUUCAUUUUCCUAUUUUUGUACCCUGCACCUGGCGAGAUGUUGGGAUGUGUGUACCGCCGUCCACACGAAAUGAACUGCACCAACGCUAUGUAAAUAUACAAAUUUAUUAGGAUAAACGGAUUUAUAUUUAAUGAUUACAGUGUACCUCCAUUUGAAUAAUAGGACUUGUUGCUUUGGUGCCAGCAGGCUAGAUGAUGCAAAGUUAAAUUGUUGGAAAGAGCAAAGGGUCUCUGGUCGUGGUGGUUUCCUUGGAUUUUCACUUUCCUGAAUACAGGCCAAGUGACUGUCAAAGACGGAUUAACUAAUCUGGAAAUAUUGAAAUACCGAAGAUGAAAUUCGGGGAUCAGUCGGGUAGAAAGUAGUCAAGACAAGUUAUUAAUUCAUGUACAAGUAGGAUUUAAGCUUCUUUCCUGCCACAAUCGGUUUGCCAAAUAGUAGACAACGAUUGUGCAAGUGAUUAAAAUACAGACAAAUAGAGGGAGCGGAAAGUAAAGCUGAUCACCGCAGCAAUAAAACAGUGAGUUGCUUGUCUGUUUAGGGACUACUGCUCCUCCAGAGGAGAGACUCAGGAGCUGACUGCUGUCACCCACCUUCUUAAACAGAUGCUUUACGUGUUUCUAUACCCUUUCAGUUUAACACAUAUUCCACUGCAUUUCAUGGUGUUAAUCUUGGGAGCCUUUUCAUGUGUGGCUGAUUCAGGUCUAUGGAGCGGAGCCCAAGUAGUGUUAUUAUUAUUAUAAAGCUGCAGUGGAGCCCCAUCACACCACAUUUUUAAGGCUGAACAAAGGAAAGGGUGCCUUUUCGUUAAAAGCCUAAAGUAGAACGGCCCGUUGAGUUUUAUUAUUCAAUCGUUCAUUCAGCUACUGUUAAUUGUGGCAGCUAGAGUUAGGGUAAUGGGAUUUACUGUAGCUAUACUACAUUACCAGCAAGAAAAAAACACCCUAAUAAAAGUCUGAGUGCAGCACUGCCUCUAGCCUCGCUCUUUCUGUUUAGAUCCUGUUUAAGACAUUAUUUUGGAAAAUACGUUAGGGUUGUUCUUGCAUUCUUGCUGAGAGCUCAAUAUAAGGCUACAGUAAGAAGUCGCUGAGCUUAGCUUAGCAUAAAGACUGGAAACUGGGGAAACAGAUGGCUCUGUCCAAAGGUAACAAAAUAUACCUACUGCUAUUGAUAACAUUCAGCCACUAGAUGUCGCACUCUCCUUCCUCCGUUCCAUUGCAUUCACUUCACAACAAGUGGUUUGUUGCAUAACCUGCAUAUGUUAAGACAACCUGCAUACUGUAUGAGAGACUCAGACAGACAGUCGUGUCAAGUGAUGAAUCUUUCGUGGCAGAGUAAUGAAAUCAUUUUGCAACAUGUAGCUAUAGGCCUACAGUCAGUGGGUGUGUUGGACCAGAGUGAAAUCAACCAUCAACGCCAUUUAUCUGUUUUUUCCACAUUAAUUAGCAACUUGAUCACUGACGACACAGAGAUACCACGUGAUACCAACGUUGUUAUACUAUUGGCUCACAAGCCUUGUUAGGAUUGGGAACCGUACAUCAGAUACCUUCCACGGAGAUAAACAAAACAGUAAUUUUGGACCCGUCAAAUUUUUUAAAAUGAUUAAUUCACAAUCACAAUAAUUUUCUUUUAUUUGGCACCUUUCUAAAAACUGAUGUAUUAUUAUUUUUUUUAAUAUUCGUCUACAUACAUUUUUUAUCAAUAACACCUUUAACUUCACUAAUUAGACUUCACAAAGUCAGAUAGGAGGCUAGCUGUUUCCCCUUGUUUCCAGUCUUUAUGCUAAGCUAAGCUAACUGGCUGCUUGCUGUAGCUUUGUAUUUAGCGUACCGACAUGAGAGUGGUAUUGAGCUUCUCAUUUAACGCUCGGC